UCUCUCUUUAAUUUUUGUUUGGUGGUUGCAAAGAGGUGAAAAUUCUCCAACUCCAAUUCACCCCCCCUCUUGGAGUGCUUUGAGUCAACAAUUGGCAUGAGAGCAAGGGCUCCAAUUUGAAGAUUUAACCACCUAGGAGUUGAUCAAGGAUGACUCAAUUUCUAUCUUCUCAACCACUUGAAAGUUUGUCUACCACUAAACCUCCUUUCUUUGAUGGUACUAAUUAUAAUUAUUGGAAGAAUAGGAUGAAGGUCUUCAUGCUUGCAAAUGUGCCCAAGGCAUGGGUUGUGACUAUGAAAGGUCCAUAUGUACCUAUGAAAAUUGUUGGAGAAAGAGAGGUGCCAAAGGAAGAGAUUGAUUGGAAUGAUGAAGACUUGGAGAAGAUCAUGAUCAACAACAAAGCAAUUAGUAUGCUUCAAUAUGCUCUCAAUCCAAUGGAAUAUCAUAGAGUCUCUGGGUGUGAUACGGCUAAGGAGAUGUGGGACAUGCUAGAAAACACACAUGAAGGAAUAAGCCAAGUAAAGGAGUCAAAAAUCAAUAGACUCAUUUACAUGUAUGAGCUUUUCAAGAUGAAACUAGAGGAGAGCAUUCAAGAUAUGUAUACAAGAUUGAAUGAUAUAGUCACCAAUCUCAAGGCUCUUGGUAAAGUCUAUCCUUCUCAAGAAGUGGUGAGAAAGGUUCUUAAAAGCUUGCCUAAGAAAGUUCAAGUUGAUGGUGGAGUUGAAGUAGUGGAGGAGAAGAAGAAGGAUGUUGCAUUCAAGGCUAGCAAACAAAAAGAAGAUAGUGAAGAUGAUGCUAGCAAUGAUGAGUCUAGCAAUGAAGAGAACAUCACCAAAUUGGUUUCAAAGGAAGUGAAGAAAUACAUGAAGAAGAGCCUCAAAGGGAAAUCCUCUAGAAGAAACAAGGAAAUUCAUUAUUCUAGAGGAAGACAAUGUAGUGAUGAUGAUGAUGAUGAUGAUAGAGGAAAGCCAAGUAAGAAGCACAUCAAAUGCUAUGAGUGCAACAAGACGAGGCAUUAUAGAAAUGAAUGCUCUCAAUUGAAGAAAAGUGAGAGGAAAGACAAGAAGAGCAUGAAGAAGAAAGCUUUUGUUGCCACUUGAAGUGAUGAUGAAACUAGCUCAACAGAAAGUGAAAGCUCCUUGGAGAAUGGUGUUGCAAAUCUUUACUUCAUGGCUCAAGAAGAUAGCUACAAUGAUGAAGAGGUAAACUCUAACUUCUCUAGUUCAAUUAAUGAAAGUUCUUUUGAGUAUUCUUAUAAUGAUUUAUGCAAAGUUCUUGAUUGCUCUAUGAAUGAUAUCAAGAAACUAGGGAAUCAGAAUCUUGCUCUUACUAAAACCAUUUCAUUGCU